AUGAUAAAGGGAUUAUUUUAUAGUGAAUUUGAUAACGUGGCUGGGCCUGUGAUUCUCUUCCAAGCACCAAAGAAUGUGCUUAGUACUGAGGUAUUUGACAGUGUAUCUGGAUACAUUAUUAUUGAUAAGGCACUAUGUGGGAAGAUUAUUACAGUUCGAGCACAACAAAUGAAGAUUGUGGGAUAUCCCGUCUGUAUUGAAGACGAUAAAUAUUAUCGUAAUGCUCUACUAUUUAAUAUUGGUUUUGUAUUUGACGAUCACGUCGAGACGGCACCGUAUCGACCUAUUCUGCGAAAGUUGGGAGCUUUAGUAGAAGGAAUGGAAAAAGAGAGCAGCUUUUUAUACGACCCGAACAAGAAAGAGCUGCUUGGAACGAUUUUGCCUCAGAUUUUACGCGACUUGACUCUGCAUGGUGAAUGCACUAUUCCUGUGGAUACAGCCAAUAUUAUUAAUCUGAAACUUUUUCCGACUUUGCAAGACCCUGCGUCGGUAUUUGAAUAUCAAGUACCGGUCGCAAUUCGAGAUCUACAGGCUCUCCUCGAGAACAGUGCAGAAUGGGACCUGGCACUGCAGCAGAUUGUGCCUUUUAUUGACGGCGUCCGGUAUGUGAAACGCAUCAGUCUGGAGGCUGAAGUGGAGAUUGCGAUUGUGAAGAAAUGUGUUCGACAACUUUUGUACUACGGCUGCGUAACGCUCAUUGACAUUUUUCUUCAUUCAAACAUCUACGCUAACACCCCCAAAAUUGCCGUGCUUGCAAACGAUUCCAAGUUGCAAGCCGAGUGCGCCGUAUACAUCGCCAAGUCAGGUCAUGUACCGCCAUCGUUUGCUCGAAUAUUUGCGUUGUAUUGCUCCGUGCAACCCAGCUUGCGCAUGAGCGACUUCUGUGUCGUGUAUUCCGAGUCACUUGCUUUUAUUGACGUGCGACGUUUUAUCACCUUUGGCCUCAUCCAUGGCUUCCUGAGACGCGUGCAUCGCUAUCCCAUCUAUAUCGAUCGCAGUUCCAGUCCUCAGCAACAGCAACAGGUUCAGCAAACGCCACAACAAAAUCAGCAGCAACAAGGUGGUCAGCAAAAGAGCCGUCAAUUUGGACUAUCUUCGAAUUCCCCGUCGCUAUCUGGAAUGACUCCUAUCGGUGCAGCACCUUCAUCAAACCAGCCAAACGGGACAUCAAGCGUAUCGAACGGAACCACAACAGGAGGCGGCUCCAACGGAACUGGAGGAAAUGCAACUACUCUAUCAUCUUCAAAACGCGCCUUGGUCGCCAAGGCUAAUCAGCUGGAGAAAGACUUGCUCCGAAUGAUGGACGGCAACCACCAUACAGACAAAAUUUGCACCAAGUUUUUGUUGCGCUAUACCGACGUGGAAUCCACCAUUCAGAUAACUCCAAACUGCUUCGCUGUGCACAAAUGA